UUUCCGGUGACCACACGAACGAGCGAUUUCUGCUGCUAAUCAUUAACCGCUCAUUACAAUAACGCCCGUAGCACUUGCGGCACCGGCUCCCGGCCCCUCGGUGGGGCAGAGGGGAGGGAGGGGGGAAAACGAUCCCCAAGGGGGGAUAACUCAAGCCCAGCGGAGCCCCUGCCCUGCCCGCGGGGGGAUGCGCGGGGCGCGGAGCCCUUUGUUAUGCUAAUCCGGGCUGACAUCACGCCGCAUAUCAAAGCCGAGGGGGCCGCAUAUAAGGAGGCUCCGCGGGCUGCCCCGCCAGAGCCGGUCCGGACCCCGCGCAGCCCCGGCACGGGUGCAGGUUGUUCAAUGCCCAAGGACGAGCAACACCCAAACUGAAGGGAAAUACGUUGUGCAGAAAAUCAGGAAAACCCCUUUUUUGUGUUAUUCUUUUUCCUUUGGAGAAGCCGAUUUCCUUCAUCAAGUGGGGGAAAGUGGAGAAAAUGAAGCCGAAUCCACGAUUUUUCUUAGCUGGUUUUCUGUCCUUGAUUCUGCAGACGGGGCUUUGCUAUGGGAUAAAAUGGAUAGCCUUGUCCAAGACUCCUUCAGCUCUGGCCCUGAAUCAAACCCAGCACUGCAAGCAGCUCGAAGGCUUGGUGGUUUCCCAGGUACAACUGUGCCGCAGCAACCUGGAGCUAAUGCAGACCAUCAUCCAGGCGGCACGGGAAGUGAUAAAGACCUGCCGUAAAACCUUCUCGGACAUGAGGUGGAACUGCUCUUCCAUUGAGCUGGCUCCUAACUACCUGCUGGACUUAGAGAGAGGCACAAGGGAGUCAGCAUUUGUGUAUGCCCUUUCUGCUGCUGCCAUCAGCCACACCAUUGCCAGAGCCUGCACCACCGGGGACCUCCCUGGCUGUUCCUGUGGUCCCAUCCCAGGUGAGACACCUGGACCUGGGUAUCGAUGGGGAGGAUGUGCAGACAACCUCAACUAUGGUCUUAUCAUGGGGUCCAAAUUUUCAGAUGCUCCCAUGAAGAUGAAAAAAUCAGGAUCACAAGCCAAUAAACUGAUGCAUCUGCACAACAGUGAAGUAGGGAGACAGGUCUUGAAAGCCUCUCUUGAAAUGAAAUGUAAGUGCCAUGGAGUUUCUGGGUCAUGCUCUAUCAAGACCUGUUGGAAAGGCCUUCAAGAGCUGCGAGACAUUGCAUUGGACCUCAAAAACAAGUAUCUAUCAGCCACCAAGGUCGUUCACCGCCCCAUGGGCACACGCAAAUACCUCGUGCCAAAGGAUAUUGAUAUCAGGCCGGUUAAAGAGACAGAGCUGAUUUACCUGCAGAGCUCGCCUGAUUUCUGCAUGAAGAAUGAAAAAGUGGGGUCGCACGGGACCCAGGACAGGCAAUGCAACAAGACCUCCAACGGGAGUGACAGCUGUGACUUGAUGUGCUGCGGCAGAGGCUACAACCCCUACAUGGACAAAGUGGUGGAGCGAUGCCACUGCAAGUACCACUGGUGCUGCUACGUGACCUGUAAAAAGUGCGAGAGGACUGUCGAGAGAUACGUGUGCAAGUGAGAUCCCUCCUGUCUCCACCCGGGAGCUGAGAUGCCAGCGGCAGCCCAGCACUAUACAGAGAAGAGAAAUCAUUUCCUCGACUAGACGUUGUUUAUCUUGUAAAGACACAGACUUGGAGGAAGAUGGUAGGAGGAAAACAACAAGCAUUCACACCAGUAAAGAGAAGACCCUUAAAACCCCAAAACCAAAUGUUUCCCCCGCCAAUAAAAUGCCCUCUGAGAAGACAAAAACUCAUUCGGGAUGUUAUCUUCUUCCCGAAUAUUUCCUAUAGUUGCCAGUGAUGUUCAACCAUCAAGUGCCUUAGUAUUCUGAGAAACAAAAGUAGAAAGCAGCUCUUGUUUGAAAACAACUACGGCUCCCAUUUACCUUCCAGCACAGGUACUCAGUCUGCAUUAGAACCAUCCCAAAAGGGAUAAAGCUACGACUUCUCAGAAAAAACUGCCUUUGUUGCCAAAGACUUUUAGCAGGAAAGCAUCCAUCCCAGAUGAUAAAAGUGGAAAGAUUUCAGGUCAAUGCCCUGAAAUGAACGAUUCAUUUUAACUUUUCUUUUACGCAGGUCUGAGACUUUGAAUUCACUUCUGCAGGAAAAGCUAUCCUUGGUUUAUCCAGGCUGGAUGGGGUUUUGAAUUCAGCCAUGCAAAAAAUCCCCUGGGAUCACAGAGACAGAAUAGGACUUUGUUGGGUCUGUGAGAUAGUAGUGGGGACAUUAGGGUAAAAUAUCAAAGUGAAGGCAAAAUCCAGUGGGAAGUGGGAAAAAAACCCAGCUCCUGCUCUCUUUCUGUCUUGCCCUUUGGGUACAAUGCCCUUAGUCACAUUGGGCCGUAUUGGGCUACCAAAUCCUUAGGGAAAUAUGUCGCUGCCUCAUUUUUCCCUAUACAAAGUAUUGACCCAGCCCCAAGAAACUGCAGAGAGCUGAGCAAGUCCUGUCCCUGCUGCAGGGAGCAGGGCAGCAGCUAUUCCCAGCAGGAAGGAAUGGGAACGUGUCAGUCCUUCACAUGGCCCUGCCUUGAGACAGCAGAGAACCACUAUCUGUGGCUGUACAUAUUUUGUAUGAGAACAUACAGAAAUAUUUAUAUCUCCUGCUUUUGUCUACUCUACUUCCUACAUAAAUAUAUCAUUAUGUUAUAAAGAAGCAUUAACAAUAGUAUGAAAUAAAUGCUGAAGUUACUGGUGCAACAGCAAAAUGUUA